AUGGGAGCGCUUGAUCAGGAUGUCGACGAUACUUACAGCUUACAAUAUCCGAAGCUUUACUUGCCCGGUCAGUUCAAUCUCUUCUUCAACAUGAGAAUCUUCAUCUAUUCCGUCCUCCAUGGCAUGUUCAGCUCCCUGGUGAUUUUUUUCAUCCCAUAUGGAGCAUUUCUGAACGGCGCUGCCUCGGAUGGUAAGGAUCUGGAUGACUACGCAUCGCUGGCGUACACCACUUCACUGCGUUGA